AUGCAGCCGGGGCCCACCUCGCCGCCAGCGGACGAGGUGGUGGUGGUGGUGGCGCAGCAGGCGCCCGCGCCCCUGCCCGCCGCGGGGGCCCGGGCUGACGACGACGGCGACGUGGUCAAGGCGGCGGCGGGGGGAGCCCGGGAGGACAAGGACGGGAGGAGGGGCGCCACCGCAUCCGCCCGGGGGAGGAAGAGACGGAGGCGCGGCGGCGGCGGCGGCGGCCCCUCCUCCUACUCCGCCGCCGCGGGGACGCGCGGGGUCGUCAUGGUCAAGCGGGACCUGCUCGCGCGCUGCAUGACGUGCCCGCUCUGCCGCCGCCUCCUCCGCGACGCCACCACCAUCUCCGAGUGCCUCCACACGUUUUGCAGAAAGUGUAUAUAUCAGAAGUUCGAUGAUGAGGAAGUAGAAUGCUGCCCAGUAUGUAAAAUUGAUCUUGGCUGCACACCUACUGAGAAGCUUAGAGCCGAUCACAGCUUACAAGAUGUAAGAUCAAAACUUUUUCCAUUCAAAAGAAAGAAGAUUAAUGUAGAAGAAGUUCCAUCUAGUAUUUCACCUCCCACUAAAAUUAAAGAAAGAUCUAUCUCUUCAUUAGUCGUCGAUACACCUAAAGUCAAACCAACAGGCUUGACUGGACGGCGAACAAGAGCAGUUGCCAGAAAAGCUGCCGCUGCUGCUGCCACUGCCGCCUUGCGUGAACUUGGUCCAAUUAUUGAAGAUCCUGUGAAAAAGGAAAUUGAUAGUUGUGACAGUCAUUCUCACAAUUCAAAUUUGCCUGCUAAUUCAAGCAAAGCACCACAAACAAGAAGACAGAUAUCACCUGAUGCGGAGGCAUCUAACCAUUCCUCCAACAAAGAUACCGAAGGUGAUAGUAAGGAUGAGUUGGCUGAUAAGUCUGAACUCUGGCGUCCUUUAAAUUGUUUAGUAGAAGCUGCGAACAGGACAAAAUCCUUUAGGUCAAGUUCACAGAGUCCAGUUGUUAAGGGAGAGCAAAUCAAUGGCUCAACAAGUGGUACAUUUGCUAGCAAAGCAAAGGCAAGGGAGAAUCUGGAGAAGUCCAAAACUGAGGAUGACAAAAAAGAUGUUCCCACGCCACCAGUGCUGCCAAAAAGAAGAGCUCAAGGUACUGCACGGAAGAGGAAAGAUCUUCAAGCUCAAACAGAUGUGAAGCCUGAUGCUGCAGCUGCACAGAGUGCAAAGAAGUUCAGCUCCAUAUGGUUUUCAUUGAUUGCCUCGUUUGACCAACAAGGAGAUCCACCUUUACCACAGAUUCCUUCCCACUAUUUGCGAAUAAAAGACGGAAAUGUCCCUGCUUCAUCUAUCCAAAAGUACCUCAUGCAGAAGCUCAGUCUUCCAAGUGGAAAUAAAGUGUUGCGAGCAGCCAGUGAACCCUUCACAACCUCUGUGCAAUUUAGUAGAGCUGUGGCUGAAGGGAAGAGCGACACAGACAACUCAGACAAUGACUGGUUCGUCCGCUAA